AAUAAAGCCAGCAACAGAACGAAGCACGGCGUCGCGGGCCUGGCAUUGUACAGUCAUCCGGCAAUGUGCUUCCCACUCAGAUUGACGCGACUGCUUGUCCCAUAAGCGGACACUUGUUGUGCAAGUUGCUCUCUAGCGAAAUGUGCCACGGAUUUUGGUGAUUAGUGACCAUCGUAGAGAUUUUGUGUUGAAAAUUAUAGUGAAUAGUGAAAUCAGUAUGGAAAAACAGAGACCAACAUCAGGAGGAUAUCGUCCAUUGUCUUCAGAGUUAAAUGACAGAACUCCUUUCCAAAGAACGAACAGCAUCUGUCCAUCGCCAGAGUCUCAAUUGCUGGAAGCUGUGCUGCAGAACAACAUCGUCCACGUCAAGCGUCUGCUAAGGAACAAUCCGGAUUUGUUAAAUUAUGUCUACACUCCAGAAUAUAACAAGCCUAUACUACUCAUCGCUUGUUCAGAUGAAAACGUCACUGCUGGUACUGUCCAAGCAUUGGUGGAUGCAGGAGCUAACAUAUCAACCAUUAGCGAAUUGGACCAAGGUUGGUCCGCACUACACUUUGGCGCGGCCAAAACGGAUAGCACCACUCUGCAGGUCAUCCUAAAAGCCCUGAAUCAUCCAGGGGACAUCAACGUGCUCGCCAAAGGAAACAAUGCUUUGCAUGUGCUUAUCAAGCAUGGAGAUAGCACCAAGAGCGGUGAAUUCAAAAGAUGUGUCCAGCUGUUGGUUGAGGAAGGGAUCAAUGUUAAUCAGACAGAUAACAAUGGGUUUUCGUCGAUACUGCUUGCAGCUAAGAAGGGGUUCAGAGAUGUUGUUGAGGUUAUAUUGGAGAAAAGUCCAUUCCAGGUGGAUCUAGAUUCUCAUCAAUUAAGAAACAAGAAGACGGCAAGGGAUCUGAUCUUAAGCGAAAAGCUGUAUGACGGUCCCUUGCCUGGAGAGGUAACAAAUAACAAUGUCCAAACUGAUGAAAUCCAAGUACUGUUUGAAUGUCUAAAACGAGGCAACGAGAAUGGGUUCCUCAACUACAGAAAUGGCGAUAUCGAAAGAGUAGACGCUGACGAUGGAGCCAAUACUCUGCUACAGUUAAGUUGCGAAAAAGGACUGGCCAAAGCCGCACACCAUCUCCUGGACAAAGGUGCAGAUCCAAACAGAAUCACUCCGAAAAAUACGGAAACUCCGAUCAAAAUUGUAGCAGAAAGGGGGUACUACAAAAUAUUUAAGCUGUUGUGUGAACACCCUAAAACAGAGAAGCCUUUCGCCUACCUUCUUACCACAUUUUUGAAGUAUUUCGAAAAUGAUAAGUUUCCUGGUCUGAUCGACUACCAGCAAUGCUACAGCUACCUCAUGGAUCAGCUAAGAUCCAAUUCUGACCAAAUGUCAUUUCUUAUCAAUCAACAGGAUGACUCAAAGAAUUCUCCCCUGCAUUAUGCUAUCAGAUACUCAGAUCAAGAAAGGAUCGACGAAUUACUGGAUUUGGGAGCUUCCUUGGGCUCGAAGAAUAAGUCUGGUGUGAUGCCAGUGCACGAUAUCGAACCGAAAAUACUUGAAAGGCAUUUAAAUAGGUGCAUAGAAUUUGACAAAUCAGGAAAGAAGUACAAGGAAGACUUCAGUGUGACGUUCAAUUAUCGGACAUUGAUUCCACCAACCUCAAAUAAGAUAUCAAAUGUUGGAAAAGACGUAGAAGAAAACCUAAACGAAUCAGUAAUGCAGGAAUUAGUUGCUGAAACUGAAGUAAUCGCAUAUAUGAGCCAAGCACCGGAAUUCAAACACCUGCUUGCCCAUCCUGUCAUUGUCACUUUCCUCUUCAUGAAGUGGCAUAAGAUACGAUGGAUCUUCACCGUUAAUCUAGCUUUUUACUUUGCAUUUUUCUUCUCACUUGUCAUUUACAUAUUCUGUUCUUAUGCCAAUUUCACUCAUACUGAAAAAUCAUCGUUUGAAUCAUUUCUUGUCACCGUCUCCAUACCUGUGCUUUUCGUUACAUUUUUUAUACUCAUUUUUAGAGAACUGUUUCAGAUGGCAGUUUUUCCUGGAAAAUACUUUAAAAGUUUCGAGAAUUACAUAGAGCUUGUGCUUAUUUUCAUCACGGGUGCCAUAAUUUUUACAAAUUCGCCUGACGAAAAUACCAGAAAGCCUCUUGCAGCCAUAUCCAUACUUUUAGCAGCAUUUGAGCUGGUUCUUAUGCUAGGUCAACACCCGAGAUUUUCAACAAAUGUAGUGAUGCUUAGAACAGUGUCAUACAACUUUUUCAAAUUUUUGAUUUGGUACUCGUUACUAAUCGUAGCGUUUGCGUUGAGCUUCUACAUUAUAUUUUCAAAAACCACAGUGGGAAAUCCACCAGAAGAAGAUGGUGAAGACUUUUUCACUGACCCUGGAAAGUCAAUAUUCAAAACAAUCGUCAUGUUAACUGGUGAAUUUGAUGCUAGUAACUUGAAUUUCCACACAUUCCCUUUUACAAGUAUCAUUAUAUUUUCUCUCUUCAUUUUCAUGAUCGCUAUCAUAUUGGUCAACCUACUGAACGGCUUGGCUGUUAGCGACACGCAAAUGAUAAAAAGCAGUGCAGAACUGGUGGGACAUAUUGCUAGAGCACAGCAUAUCUACUAUGUGGAAACAAUGUUGCUUGGCAACAUAUUGCCAAAAAACAUGCUGGCCAAAUUCGAGGACCUGUUUUGUUGUACCUCAGGCAGUAAUUGGAAUCUGAUAGUUUUGAAACCUCUAGCCGAAAAGGCUUGCUUAUUUCCACGAUGUAAGCAAUUCAAAUUGACCGCAUAUCCAAAUAAAGGUGGAGAAAUCAGUGUUUCUACCAGCUCUUGUUGCUUUGGGUAUUGCAAUCACAUCAAACUUGACAAAGAAGCUGUUAAGGAAAUUAACAGUAUUGUGCGAAUGAAACGUGAAGAAAGCGAGGAUGUCAGACAGGAAAGCGUUUGUCUUCAGAAACUCGAACAGGUUUUGACGAAGAUGUCGGAACUAGAAAGUAAGAUUGAUACCAUCAUGCAAUGUUUGCCUGAAUAAUUUUUAUGUAUGACAACCUUGUGAUUUAAUUAUUAGUAUUCUUUGUAUUAUUCUAUUGAUUAUGCAGGAUGUUAUACUCGAGCCACGCAUUAGUAACAUCAAGUCAUGUGUGUGAAACGAGAUUUUAGGUUUUCCCUCAAGUUUAUAAGUACUUGUUACUUUCCAGAAACAUACAAAAUUUUAUAUACGACCGGCUACUGACCGAGUUGAAAAUUUAGAGAUGUGUUUCAAUGGACAUGAAUACACCGCCCCACAUCGCCAAAUGAUGUUAGUUCGUCUAGCAAUAACGACAAAUAAGCAUAGAUUGUUCUCGUAAUCAAUGGACAUAGAUCAAGUUAAAGAUAGCGGGCGCUAAAGUUAUUUUACCCCUUUGGCCCCAGAGCGUAAGGAAGCCUAGAUGAAAGUUGGACUUGACUUCCGGAAAAUCUAUUCAUAAUAUACAUCACGUAACCACCUGGCCCGUCUGAUAUUCCUUGGCUAUUCCGAAUCAGAAUUCAAAGAAUAAUAACCGAAUGAGACAUGAACAAAAUUGUUUUGUCUACUUUCUCCGAAUUAAAUACGGAAGCUAGUUAGUGCUAGCUGUAAAAUUUUUACAAACAAUGCAAUAUACUCACAACUUAUCCGACAAAAUUUAACCAUAUAUGCACGUUACGAAAGAAGUUGAUUUCUCAAAUAAAUGUAAUAAAAGUCCUACAGAAAUCGAGAUAAUAAAAUAAUACAGCUUAACAGUUCACUUACUAACAAAAGCUGUCCAAAAUUGUUUCCUCUGACUGCAAUGCAAUCUUGGGCGCGUCUAAUCCAAUUUCGGCGCACUAAUUCAAAUACACCUCCUUCCUGCUGUGCCUGAAGGCUCAAAUUUUAGCGGCAGCCACUGUGAUUCGGUCACGCAAUUCUUCAAUAUUCUGAACUGGAGUACGGUAUACCUCGUUUUUCAAGUAUUCCCAUAAAAAGAAGUCCAGAGGAUUUAGAUCGGGAGACCGUGGAGGCCAUGCAAUUGGUCCACCUCUCCCGAUCCAGCGUAUCUGGCAUUGUGCUGCUUCUCCGUUCGCUAAAACAAUGUCCACUAACUCCUCAUUAGUGUACCCAUGUGCCAUUUUCAUUAAUAAAUCACCAUAAACAUAAACUCGCAAAAUACUGUCUUAUUUAACUUCACAAACAUCGACUGUUCUUCAUUCAGAUCACCCACGAUACAGAUUAAACCUUAUUUACACGUUCUUAUCAGUAUGAAAAAACAAAAAAUUCCUGGUAUUUUGUUUUCGUCAAUUGUUUGGUACAACAUUUGCUACAAUAAAUUAUUAACGCGUGUUCUAAUAUCACGACGAUGAACGCAAAAUACAAUAUUUAUUUUUCUAUUUAUUAUUGAAACUCAGGCUUAUAACUUAAUUUUUUUAGGACUUUUAUUACAUUUUUUUUUUUGAGAUAUCAACUUCUUUCGUAACGGUGCAUAUGUGGUUAAAAUUUGUCGAAUAAGUUGUGAAACACCAUAUAUUCGUGAUACUAAAGUUAUGGUAAGCAUGGUUUGGUCCAUAGACAUUGUUUCAAUAGGUAUUAUUCAUCCUAAAGAUAUAGCAUUCCGCAUAUCAGUAGUUAUAUGUUAUCUACGUGAUAUUGCUCUAUAAAGUUUAGUUAUAGAUAUUUUAUAUUUGUCCAUGUAUUUUUUAUACUUUCAAAGAUUUAUUAAUGUAAUUUGCGAAAUAAAAUACUAUUAAUAACUGC